GUGUGUAUAGUUUUUCAACUUCUGGGCUCUUUCUGAAACUCAAUUUCACUGAUCCACCGUUUCUCUUCACGACGAUUCGUUUGUUUUAGUGUUACACUCAAAACCCUUUUUUUUGUUGUUGUUUUUUUUUUGUCAGAACCCUCUAUCUAUCAGUAGUUCCUUGAAACGAAAAAUCUUUGCUUUGGCUCAUUUUCUUGUGUUUCGUCUCUCUGUUUUUCCCAUCGCAUGUGCAUAAAACCUACCACAGUAAUCGAUUCUAGUUUUGUAAUUUGGGUUUUGCCAUUUUUGACUUAGCAAGACUGAGAAUUUACUGUGUAUUAAAGAAGCUACAUUGUGUUUGUGAUGGCGGGUGGUGGGAAGCAUACUCCUACUCCAAAGGCGAUUAUACAUCAGAAGUUUGGUGCUAAAGCAAGCUAUAGAGUUGAGGAAGUUAAUGACUCUUCUCAGAGUGGUUGUCCAGGGUUAGCAAUACCUCAAAAAGGUCCAUGUCUCUAUCGCUGCCACUUGCAGCUACCAGACUUUUCUGUUGUAUCAAAUGUCUUCAAAAAGAAGAAGGAUUCUGAACAAUCUGCUGCUGAAUUGGCUCUUGAGAAGCUAGGCAUUCGUCCUCAGAAUGAUGAUCUUACUGUGGAUGAAGCUUGGGAUGAAAUUGUUGGCCGCAUUAAGUAUAUAUUUUCUGAUGAGUUUCUUUCAGCUGAGCAUCCUCUGGGAGCUCACCUUAGAGCGGCAUUGCGAAGAGAUGGUGAACGUUGUGGAUCAGUUCCUGUUUCUGUCAUUGCUACAUUUGAUGCAAAGAUUAACAGUCGUUGUAAAAUUAUCGAUCCUUCUGUGGAAUCAGAUCCUUUCUUGGCCAUUUCCUAUGUCAUGAAGGCUUCUGCAAAGUUGUCAGACUACAUUGUUGUAUCUCAGCAUGCACUCCGAAGGAAAAAUGCAUACCCUUCAGAAAUUGUAGAAGCACUAGCUACUCAUGUAUCUGAUUCCCUACAUAGAAGAGAAGUCGCGGCUGUAUAUAUUCCAUGUAUCGAUGAGGAGGUUGUUGAGCUAGAUACUCUUUACAUUUCAUCAGACCGGCAUUACUUGGAUAGUAUUGCUGAAAGGCUCGGAUUGAAAGAUGGCAGCCAAGUGAUGAUAUCCAGCAGGACUUUUGGAAAAGCAUCCUGUGGUUCUGAGUGUAGAUUGUACUCUGAUAUUCCGAAGAAGUCCUCUGAUAAUUCAUCAGAAGCCUCUGGAAGUUCAAAUGAAGACUCAUCUCAAAUUAAAAAAUCUCGGAAUGCACGAGCAAGUUACAUUUGUGGUCAAGAUAUUCACGGGGAUGCAAUCUUGGCAUCUGUUGGUUACCGAUGGAAGUCCGAUGAUCUUAACUAUGAUGAUGUAACUGUAAAUUCAUUUUACAGAAUAUGUUGCGGCAUGUCACCCAAUGGAAUCUACAAAAUUUCCCGACAAGCACUAAUUGCUGCACAGUUGCCUUUUUCAUUCACUACAAAAUCUAAUUGGAGAGGUCCACUCCCCAGGGAGAUUCUCUGCCUGUUCUGCCACCAGCACCGACUAGCAGAACCCAUCAUUUCUUCAUCUACUGCUCCUGUGAAAUCGUUGUCUGACAUAUUCAGAUCUCACAAGAAGUUGAAGGUCUCAGGAGUUGAUGAUGCCAAUGAGAAUUUGAGUAGGGAAAAAGAAGAUACACCAGGACUAGGGCAUGGGUUUAGAUGUGAAGUGAAAAUUUUUACAAAGUCUCAGGAUUUGGUUUUAGAAUGUUCACCGAGAAAAUUCUAUGAGAAGGAAAAUGAUGCCAUUCAAAAUGCUUCAUUGAGAGCCCUCUUAUGGUUUAGUAAGUUUUUCGCUGACCUGGAUGUGGAUGGAGAGCAACCAUGUGAUACAGAUGACGACCAGGAUAUUAAAUCUCCAAGUCCAAAUGUUUUUGCGGCCCCACCGAUUUCCCAAAAUGAACACAGUUCUGAAUCAAAAACCACGAAUGUGCUAUCGGCAGAGAAGCAUGUUCAAUCUAUAACAAACGGUUCCGUUGUUAGCAUAUGCUAUUCUUUGUCUUUGGCAGUGGAUUCUGAAGAUUCGAGUGAUGGUGAAUCUCCAAGAGAAGACAUUGAAAGCAAUGAAGAUAUGGAGUCUGAGGGGGAUGCUGAAUAUUCGGCUAAUUGUGAACCCUCAAUAGAUCUCAUUGAAAGCAAUGAAGAGAUAGAGUUUGAGGUAGGGACUGGAUCCAUGAAUCCACAUAUUGAAUCAGCUGUUACUCAGAUGACUGUGGGUGAAUAUUCUUCUUUUAGUAUUACCCCCCCUGAUGCUGCUGAAGCUUUGAUUUUGGCUGUUGCUUCUGAUACUGUGAGAAUCCGCUCGCUUCUAUCAGAACGUCCAAGUUUAAAUUACAGUAUACUUUUGUUGGGAGUGAAAGGGCCAUCAGAAGAACGAAUGGAGGCGGCUUAUUUCAAACCUCCACUUUCUAAACAGCGUGUUGAAUAUGCACUGAAACAUAUAAGAGAAUCAUCCGCUUCUACUUUGGUUGACUUUGGAUGCGGAUCUGGAAGUUUAUUAGACUCUCUACUUGACUAUCCAACUUCACUUCAAACCAUCAUCGGUGUUGACAUUUCGCCGAAGGGUCUUGCCCGUGCUGCUAAGAUGCUACAUAUAAAACUAAACAAGGAAGCUUGCAACGUCAAAUCUGCUACACUUUAUGAUGGUUCCAUCCUUGAGUUUGACUCCAGGCUGCAUGACGUUGACAUCGGCACUUGCUUAGAGGUUAUUGAACACAUGGAAGAAGAUCAAGCCUGUGAAUUCGGGGAAAAAGUUCUUAGCUUGUUCCACCCCAAGCUCCUGAUUGUCUCAACACCAAACUACGAGUUCAACACAAUUCUCCAGCGUUCUACAUCAGAAACACAAGAAGAAGACAAAUCCGGGUCACAGCUUCCAAAAUUCAGGAACCAUGACCACAAAUUUGAAUGGACAAGAGAACAGUUUAACAACUGGGCCUCUAAUCUCGCCAAACGCCAUAACUACGGUGUCGAGUUUAGCGGUGUUGGUGGGUCUGGUGAAGUAGAACCCGGGUUUGCUUCUCAGAUAGCUGUUUUUAGACGGGAAGCUUCCUCUGUUGAGAAUGUUGCAGAAAGCUCAAUGCAGCCUUAUAAAGUCAUAUGGGAAUGGAAGAAAGAUGGAGAUAAAAAAGACUGAUCUUUGAUUAGAGUAGUAACAGCCAGAGACUAUAUAUAUAUAUAUAUAUUGCAAGCAAUGUGAUGAUGUGUUCAUCAUAAAAACUCAAAGCUUGUUUUGUUCUUUUGCCUUACGCUUUUGCAGAGUAAUCGUAAAAAUCGAACCUUUUAUGUUUAAACAUUUUUUGUGUCUAGGCGAUUAAUGGAAAAUACCCUUUUUGCCC